AUGGCGGAUAAAUUGGACGAGUAUCAGGGUGUGACUGGACGGUGGCAUGGGUUCAAAGACAGAUGUAAAGAGAGAUACGCCCAAUGGAAGGAAGACCACCCUAAUGGAAUCGUGGAGAUGCUGAAGGAGGCGCUGUUUGGAAUCCCAACAUCUGAUCAUCAACCUGAUCGCGCGUAUGACAACAGCGAUUACAGCGAUUUAUUUAGGCGGAAAAAUCGCCUCGAACUUAUGCGGAUAUCAGCAGCAGUUAUGGGUAUAGAAUUUUCAUACGCCGGCGAAACAGCAUUUGUCUCACCCAUACUUCUACAAAUCGGAGUACCACACGAGCAAAUGACGCUGGUAUGGGCGUUGUCACCACUCAUCGGGUUCUUCAUGACACCACUCUUGGGGUCUUUGAGUGAUAGAUGUUCCUCUAAGCACGGCAGGCGACGCCCCUUCAUCUUCUUGAUGUCUAUUGGAGUUUGUCUCGGUCUGCUAUUGGUUCCAAACAGUGAAUCUCUAGGAUAUGUGUUUGGUGAUCUUGGUGCGAUAAACCGAACUGAAGUACCAUCAGUAUUGGGCCCGCGUAGCUCGGUUCUAGAAACCGAGGGUACUAACCACCACCCAUGGGGGGUGUUUUUUACGAUAAUAGGCACUGUUUUGUUAGACUUCGAUGCUGACGCUUGCCAGAGUCCUGCAAGAGCAUAUCUGCUUGACGUAACAGUUCCAGAGGAUCAUGCCAGAGGUUUAAGUACGUUUACGAUAAUGGCUGGUUUGGGUGGGUUUAUGGGCUACUCGCUGGGUGGGAUCAACUGGGAUGAUACCAGCAUAGGUAACUUCUUCGGUGGACAUGUCCGUGCAGUGUUCUCGCUUAUCCUUAUAAUAUUUAUUGCUUGUGUAUCGGCUACAAUAACAAGCUUCAAAGAGAUACCUUUGGAUGAACUACAUCAAUAUGAGGAGUUUAAGAAGAGCGCUGAACCUGCAGCUCAGCUACAAGUUGAGAGUCAAGGGAAUGACGUAGAACAGGUGGAAAAAGAUGUAUUAAGAAAGGAUUGUUCUACUUACGGCACUCUAGAAGAACCACAGAGUCCUUCAGUACCAAAUGGACUUCCAAUUCAUGAAGGGCACGGAGAGCCACUAAGUGUUAAACACUACCUGAUAUCAAUAAUCAAAAUGCCGAACUCUCUUCGAAUUGUCUGCCUAACAAACCUAUUCUGCUGGAUGGCACAUGUUUGUUACUCGCUCUACUUCACUGACUUUGUGGGUGAAUCUGUAUUUGGAGGGAAUCCAGCAGCGCCAAUUGGGAGCGAAAGUAGAAUUAAUUACGAAGCAGGAGUCCGUUUCGGUUGCUGGGGCAUGGCGAUGUAUUCACUGUCUUGUGCUUGCUAUUCCACUGUUAUUGAGAAACUUAUCAAGAAAUAUGGCGCGAAAAAGGUGUAUGUAGGCGGUCUCUGUACCUAUAGCUUUGGGAUGACACUCCUAUGUAUUCUGCGAUCCCAGGUAGCAGUAAUCUUAUUUAGUUGGACAGCGGGCGUCAUGUAUUCUACGCUCUUCACUAUGCCUUAUCUCCUAGUAGCGCAUUACCAUGCUACUGGAAUGUGGGACAGUGCAGGAGGAGGCUGCAACGAAAAGCGAGGUAUCGGCACAGAUGUCGCUGUAGUCAGUAGCUGUGUAUUCGUCGCACAACUUCUUAUCUCAUUCAUAAUGGGCUUCACAGUAAAGGCUACAGGGUCUACUGCUGCUGUGGUCGGUGUAGCAGCUACUUUAGCCGCCGCUGCUGCUGUAACAGCUACUAAGAUUACAUAUUUAGAUCUAUGA